AUCCAAUUCAAAAGUAAAAAAAAUUGUGAAAAAUAUUUUUUGAAUGAAAAAAAAAUUUAGUCUUCUUCUUCUCCAAAAAAAAAACUCCAUUUCCAUAUAAAAAAAAACCUCCAUUACCUCCCUCAUAUCUUCUUUCACUUUAAUUUUAUUGUUAUAUUCAUUGAAUUUGACCCAAUUCUUUGAUGAUUUUGAAUAUCCAAAAUCAAGAACUUACAUUUUAGUCUUUUAUUUAUUUCCAUCAUUAAAGCUCACCUUCACUUUUCCAUUUUUCCACAAAACCAACACCCAACAACCAUUAGAGAAGAAAAAGAGUAACAAUACAACAUACAUUGAUAUACAACAAGCAACAACAACAAAGAAGAGAUUCAUGCGAUUCUGAUUUUUUUUCGUCGAAAAAUGCCAUCCCAACACAACACAACCAACCACCCUCCAACACCACUAAACCACCACCAAAAAACCCAAAACAGCCUUCACCUCAUUUUUCAGCGAAUUUUCAAAACACCCGCAAUGGCGUACACAUAAUAUUAAAUUUUUAACAUUGAAUUUCUACAGAAGAACUCAAAUUUUAAUGUUGAAUUUGAUGUUUUAAUUUUUUUUUUAACCUUCAAUUGAAUGAAAAAUGUAUCAAAGCUAACAAUCAAUUACAAGAAAGUGAAGAAAACAUUAUAUUUACAAGUAUGAAUUUUUUCUAGACAACAAAUGCCCUCUCCCUCACCACUCCAAAUCCAACCAAGAAAAUUAGAAGAAAAAGUGUAAAAGGGACAUCUCAUCAAACAUAUUAAUUUGAUAAGAGAACUUUUUUUUUUAAAUUAUAGUAAAAUAUGACUUCUCACUCUCCUCACUUUCUUGGUGGAGAGUGUAUUACACAUGUCAUGCCAUGUAAGUAAUUAUGCUUAAUUGACACAGUUUGUAAAUAAUAAAAUAGUUCAAUAGGUAUAUGACCUAAUUGAGGUGUCAAAAAUGUAUUGUUCCUAGAUUUAUCAAAACAUAAAAUAAUAGCUCCAAUCACAUGGCUUUUGACAUGAAGUGAACUUGGACUCACUAUCCUUUCUCAUCCCAAUAAUCUCCAAAUAAGGUAAUUGGGUUCCAACUGCAACUACCGGUUAUUCAAAUCUAACUGCAUUCUUUUUCAAGUAGCUUCACAAGGUAAAAGAUUUUCUACUCCACCGGCUAUAUAUAUCCCACCAAGUACUUUCAUUUCUUCACAUUGAACUAGAGAAAACAGAAAAAGAUGGAGAUUCCGGUAAUCGACUUCAGCAAGCUUGAAGGUGACGAGAGAAGUGCAACCAUGGGACUUCUCCAUCAGGCUUGUGAGAAAUGGGGUUUCUUUAUGAUAGAGAACCAUGGAAUUGACAUUUACUUGAUGGACAAUGUGAAGCAGCUGGUGAAUCAGCACUAUGAAGCUAACAUGAAGAAACGGUUCUAUGAAUCAGAGGUAUCUAUAAGCUUACAGAAGAAAGAAAAUAUCAGCAACACAGACUGGGAAAGCACAUUCUUUGUUUGGCAUCGUCCAAGUUCCAACAUCUAUGAGAUUCAAGGUCUCUCAAAGGAACUUUGCAAAGCAGUAGAUGCCUACAUUGAUCAGCUGAUCGAACUUGCAGAAAAUCUUUCAGAACUAAUGUGUGAGAACCUUGGCCUAGAGAAGAGUUACAUCAAAGAAGCAUUUUCACGGAGCAAGGGUCCUUCUGUUGGAACAAAAGUGGCAAUAUAUCCUCAAUGUCCUCGUCCUGAUCUAGUCAGGGGAUUGCGCGAGCACACAGAUGCUGGUGGUAUCAUUCUCUUACUCCAAGACGAACAAGUUCCUGGCCUUGAAUUCUUCAAAGACGGACACUGGGUGGACAUUCCACCUUCCAAGAACAACAGACUUUUUGUGAACAUCGGUGAUCAAAUCGAGAUUUUGAGCAACGGGAUGUAUAAGAGUAUUCAACACCGAGUGAUGGCUGAAAAGGACGGGAAUAGACUUUCCAUUGCCACCUUUUACAACCCGAAUGGUGAGGCCAUCAUUUCUCCAGCACCAAAGCUCUUGUAUCCCUCUCACCUACGCUUCCACGAUUAUCUGAAUCUUUAUUCUAAAACCAAAUUUGCCGAAAAAGGCCCCAGAUUUGAGUAUGCGAAAACAUUGGCCAAUGGACAUUGAAGACUUCACCUUGAAAAGUAAGGAUUACGCUUUCCAAGUUUAUACUUGAUACUUAUCAUUUGAAAGAUCUCUUUUCCCCUUUUAUUCCUUUUUCAUUUUGAGAUUUUUUUGGGUUAAAGUUCAAAAGAAGCUAAUGUAUAUAAGCUUCCUUUAUCAUGUAAGAUUGCAUUAAAAGUUUAUGGUCAAAGCUAGGAUUGCUUUGAAAAGCUGUUACACUUACACAUAGACCAAUGACUCUUACAGAGGAGCAAAGUAAGUUGAUCAAUGUUUUGGUUGUAUCAAUAAAAGAAAACCUACUCCACUCGUUAUAUCUUAAA